AAUCGUAUCAACCCGAAAAUCCAGUAUGGCGUUUAUUGCAGAAGCAGCUGCUUACGUUAUUUGAAAAUACGACUCUCCGUGACUGAUACGAUUAACCGGAAAGUGGUGAAAACUAUACGCUUACGUUAAACUACUAAUUUACUCGAGCCCCUCGUGUCCUAAUCUCAACAAUUAUUAUCAGCGGUAUGACGGAUCGAACCGAGCUGAGGAUGAACGUGGCUGCGUUAAAACGAGUCGACCCGUACGUCAAGGAUAUCCUCGAGACGGCGACCCAUGUCGCUUUAUAUACAUUCAAUGGAGAUGAGAACGAAUGGGAAAAGACCGACAUCGAGGGCGCUCUAUUUCUCUACUCAAGAAACGGCGAGCCAUACAACAGUAUUCUCAUAAUGAACAGAUUAAAUACGAACAAUUUAGUAGAACCAGUUGCUCCGGGUUUGGAUUUACAACUGCAAGAGCCAUUUCUGUUGUAUAGAAAUUCCAGAUGCAAUAUCUAUGGCAUUUGGUUUUAUGAAAAAGAAGAGUGCGUUCGUAUUGCAAACAUGUUGAAUAAACUCUUAAAGGAAUGCGAAGAAAGUCGCAAGAUCAAUAGCAAGCCACAAAAUAAAAUUAAAAAAGUAUCGGGACCCAGCGUAAACAAUGUGGAUAUAUUCAGCAUGCUCAGCAAGGCGCAAGAAGAUUUUAACACAAGCAGAGUCAGUGGAAGUGGCGGAGGCGGUGGUGGCGACAACAGUAACACAAUAAUCGGAUCAAAGUCUCCAUUGGUUACACCUACGACUGACAAUAUUUCUGGUUCAUUAUCUGCUCCCUUAGGACCUGACGUCACUUCACAAAGUGUAAUGGAUUUUUUUGCUAAGGCUAAGGUGAACACUGGGCAAUUCAAGCCAGGUGAUCAACCUACUUCGGGAGGAACUGUCGCAGUCGAGUCGAAUAAACCUCUACUUGCGCGUUUAAUGUCCUAUCCAGCAGCGCACACUUUGGAACAUAUUGAAAAACAUAUUGAGAAACAGAGAUCUAUAACACCGCAACCUGGUACUCAUCAGUUGCAAUUGACGACAAUUCCUACAGUGAAUAGAUCCAAAAGACGGAACAAACCGAUUUCCCAACAAGAAUCGAUAAUGUCCACAUCAGCGCCGAUCUCGCAAGAUCUGCCACUACCCAUAACUCAGAACGUUAACGAUUCGAAUGGAACCACUGGAUUCCUCAGGAUACAAUCCCCAACCAACACACCGACAUCUUCUACUUUAAGAAAUCAUCAAGUUUCAAACAUUACCAAUACCAAUAAUACUAAUCCGCUUGCAUCAUUAUUUGCUCACGCUUCUGGAAGCACAUCAUCGGACGACAUUAUUCCGGCAGCGCCUACGUUGUCAGGAAGAGGAUCAGCGCCAGCGUUAAUACCUCCUGUAAUGUUUGCCGCUCCCAGUCCACCCGAGCCCUUAAACAGACCAUUAGAACCAUUGACAAGGAAUCAACUUUUACAGGCAUUCAAUUAUCUAUUAAAAAGCGAUCCGGAUUUUAUCAACAAACUUCACGAGGCCUACGUCAAAUCAUUCGGAGAGAUACUCUCCUAAAAUCAUCACAUUUAUUAUUGUAAUAUUAUCCCGGAAAAACCCAUGUCGUAUGGGUUGUGACUGAUAAAACAAGUAAACUAAAUCUCGAUAUCUCUAUGUUACAUGUGCAUGUACAUAUGUAGACAAGACGCGUAAUUUCACGCUCAAAAUUCAAUUGACCUGAGAAGAUGAAAACCACUUCUUUUAAAGAAAGAGAAUAUUCAUUUUCUGGCCAAGGAUCAGAAAAAAAAAUACAGAAAUAGAAAGCAAAGUAUAAUACCUUGAACAGUAUUUUUAUAAAGCAAUGAACCUUUUUCGAAACAGAAUAAAAAAAUAAUGACUCGCAAGAAGAAACAUGUAAUGAAUGAGAAAUUUAUGAGGCAAAUUGAAUAUGAUAUAUACGAGAAAAGUAAUGAACGGUUUUUAAACUGUGAUGCCAAAAUGUUUCUAUUAUAUGCGCGUCUUUUAUGGGAUUAAAAUCACACGAUUCCAUAUUCUGAGUUGUUAAACGAGGAAUAAUACUUAUUUUAUAGAGUAAUGACGUAUCCUUCCUAUAUACUGAAUACCGAUAUGGUAUGUAUAUGUUAUCAAUGAAAAGGAACAAAUAAAUAGAGAAACAAACCAUAA